AUGGUCCGAUAUGAAAAUAAUAACAGGUUGAGCUUAAAAAGAUUGUUUAUGGUAGACGUGACAGGCAUAGGCGAGAAAAAUGGUGAUAACUAUGGUCCAUACAUGAUAGAUUGGGAGACGUUUGAAACGUGUAAAGGCCCCAAAAAGGACAACUGCGGCCAGUUUGAAGUCACAAACGUACAAAAUAUGUCCGACAUUAUAUUCCUCCUGGAUUUCCACAAAGAUUGUCCAACAACUAUGGGAAAAAUAGUCGUUAGUACUAGAAGCAAGAACGUUACAAAAAGGCUGUGGAAUUACGUACUAAAUAGGCCAUGUGAACAUUUCGUUUUGGGUCCCAUCCUGAUUAGUUCAUUUAAUCUAACUAAGGAGUGUAAGAUUUAUAAGGGUAAAUAUGAAAUACAUUUAGACUUAGAAGCAAAAACUAAGGUAUUUUUGGGUGAAAACUUUUUCUACGGCAAUUACACCUUCCUGAUCACGUCUUAUAAUAAGGUAAACAACUUUUUCUGUUACAAAACUAACAUGGCUGUAAAAAAAAUUGCUUAA